ACUAUCUCUCUCUCUUUCUCUCUGUCCCUUUCUUCUGCUUUUUUCAAGAAAAUAAAAAAAUGCUUCAAGAUUCUGCAACUACUACUACUACUACUACUACUCCGCCGCCACCUUUAACCUCCGACGUUUCAAUGCCUUCCGGUGAAGAACAAGAGCCAAAGCAUGUAACUUUGGAAGAAGAGGCACCGGUGACUUCGGAGCCAAAUCUUCAACUACCUUAUAUGCCGGAGCUAGAGGAGUCAAAUCAUGCGGCGGAGGUUGAUUCAGAGAAGCUAGACGAAGUGACGCCGGAGACGGUGACUUUGGAGUCAGAGGGUCUUAACCACGAAGCGGAAGAUUCAGAGCAGAAACAUCAUUUGUCGCCGGAGACGGUGACUUUGGAGUCAGAGGGUCUUAACCACGGGGCGGAGGAUUCAGAGCAGAGACAUGAAGUGACGCCGGAGACAGAGACUUUGAAGCCAGAGGUUCUCAACCACGCGGCGGAGGAUUCAGAGAAGCCACAUGGAGUGACGCCGACGCCGGAGAAAGAAACUUCGGAGACAGACACGUCAUUGCUUGUAAUUUCGGAGCCAGAAGAGCCUAACCACUUGGCGGAGGAAGAUUCAGAGACGACGGAGACAGAGCCAUCACAGAAACUGAUGUUGGAGCAGAGGAGAAAGUACAUGGAAGUAGAAGAUUGGACAGAGCCAGAACUACCAGACGCGGCGGUGUUAGAAGCUGCAGCGUCAGUCCCUGAGCCUCAGGCACCACCACCACCUACUACUGCACCCACCGUUGAAUCUAGAUCUUUAGCGGAAAUGAUGAACAGAGAAGAAGCAGAAGCAGAAGAGAAACAAAACCUUCAGAUUCCUCGUAGUCUCGGUUCAUUCAAAGAAGAAACAAACAAAAUCUCCGAUCUUUCAGAACCAGAGUUAAACGCACUCCACGAGCUUCGUCACCUUCUUCAAGUAUCUCAAGAUUCAAGCAAAAGCUUCUUAUGGGGUGUGCCACUUCUCAAAGACGACAGAACCGACGUCGUUUUGUUGAAAUUCCUAAGAGCAAGAGACUUUAAACCUCAAGAAGCUUACUCAAUGCUCAAGAAAACACUCCAAUGGAGAAUCGACUUCAACAUCGAAGAGCUUCUAGACGAAAACCUCGGUGACGAUUUAGACAAAGUUGUGUUCAUGCAAGGAAAUGACAAAGACAAUCAUCCUGUCUGUUACAAUGUCUAUGGUGAGUUUCAGAACAAAGAUCUUUAUCAGAAAACGUUUUCAGAUGAAGAGAAGAGAGAACGGUUCUUGAGAUGGAGGAUUCAGUUUCUUGAAAAGAGUAUAAGGAAUCUUGAUUUUGUAGCUGGUGGUGUUUCCACUAUAUGUCAAGUAAAUGAUCUUAAGAAUUCUCCAGGACCUGGUAAGACUGAGCUUAGGUUAGCUACUAAGCAAGCUCUUCAUCUUCUUCAAGAUAAUUAUCCUGAGUUUGUCUCUAAACAGAUAUUCAUCAAUGUUCCAUGGUGGUACCUUGCGUUCUAUAGGAUUAUUAGUCCUUUUAUGUCACAAAGAUCAAAGAGCAAACUAGUUUUCGCAGGUCCUUCAAGAUCUGCGGAAACCCUUUUCAAGUACAUAUCACCAGAACAUGUUCCGGUUCAGUAUGGUGGACUAAGUGUGGAUAACUGCGACUGCAACUCGGAUUUCACACAUGAUGAUAUCGCUACCGAGAUUACUAUUAAACCAACUACUAAACAAACCGUCGAGAUUAUUGUUUACGAGAAAUGCACGAUCGUGUGGGAGAUAAGAGUAGUGGGAUGGGAGGUUUCGUAUGGAGCAGAGUUUGUGCCAGAGAACAAAGAAGGAUAUACAGUGAUCAUUCAGAAACCGAGGAAGAUGACUGCGAAAAAUGAACCGGUGGUGUCUCAGAGCUUCAAAGUUGGAGAAGUUGGCAGGAUUUUGCUAACCGUGGAUAACCCGAAUUCAACCAAGAAAAUGCUUAUCUACAGGUUCAAGGUUAAGCCUUUACUAUGUGAGUAACAAAAGUUUGUAUCUUUCUUCGAGUGUUUCUUAGUUUAGAACUUGAUCAUAUGAUUGUUGUUGGUUGUGUUUUUUUUUCUUUCUUUGUCAUCGACUUAUAUGUUUGUGUGGUUCUGUACUUCUGUUUGUUAAAUUCUUUUGUUUUAUAUUUGUAUUUUGCCCUCUUAUUUUUUUCAUUUUGCUUCCAAAUUUCACCGAGGAAUGUUUUGACUUUUGAGUGUUGAAUGGCUUCAAAAAUUGUGUCCAUUGCAUAUUUUCUCUAUAAAGUCUUAACAUUCAU